AUGGCACCGUUUGAUCGACGAUUCGCCCUUUUUGUUGCCUCUUUAUCUUCUUCUUUUCUUUUAACACUGCUCAAUUCUGCUAUUAUUGCCCGUCCCACUGGAUCUGCUCCAUUCCCUGAAGUGAAUGUUGUAGCAGCGCAUAAUCAGUCUGAAUCAAGACAAAAUAAUUAUCGCGAUCACGGCCGUGGUCAUGGUCGUGGACGUGGGAGAGGAUGUGGGAGAGGACGAAUCAAUUAUCGUCAUCAUGUUGGAAAUAAACAUGAGAACAAUAAAGGUCCUAAAAAUAAUUCUUCGAGAGGUAAAUCCAAUUUUUGUCACCGGUGUGGUAUGAAGGGUCAUUGGGCACGUGAAUGUCGUACGCCUGAACAUUUUGUGAAACUUUAUCAAGCCUCUCUCAAAAGGAGAGAUAAUAAUGUGGAGGCAAACUUGAGUUUUCGAAAUAAUGAUGAUGAAGCAACCCCCUCAAAUAAACAUGAAAAUAUUGAGGCAAAUAUGGCUUAUAAAGAUGAUGAUUUCGCAGAUCUUUCAAAUAUUACUCAUUUGGAUGCUGAAGACUUUAUGAGUAUUGAUUAA